CCCCCCCAAUUGACUCAUCUACUCGCUUCUUCUUCUAUUUGAUUAACCCAUCCUCAAAGCGGGGCUGUUCCUUGACUCUGAUUCCCUCUCAUUGCUUUUUCCCCUCAUGGCCACCAACGGUUCUUCCGAGGGCGAGUCUCGCCUGUUGAUCGUCUCCAACCGUCUGCCCAUCACCAUUCGACGCUCCGGGGGUGGAAAAUAUGAGUUUUCCAUGUCCUCGGGUGGCCUGGUGACGGGGUUGAGCGGACUAUCAAAGACCACCACCUUCCAGUGGUAUGGCUGGCCCGGACUGGAAGUGCCCGAGGACGAGAUCGACGGGGUCAAGCAGCGCCUGCAGGAUGAGUUCAACGCGACCCCGGUGUUUAUGGAUGACAAGUUGGCCGAUCGUCAUUACAAUGGCUUCUCAAAUUCGAUCCUGUGGCCGCUCCUGCACUACCAUCCCGGUGAAAUCGUCUUUGACGAAGCCGCCUGGGAUGCCUAUCGGGAGGCUAACCGUCUGUUCGCUCAGACUAUCGCCAAUGAGGCCCGGGACGGGGACUUGAUCUGGGUCCAUGAUUACCACCUCAUGCUUCUUCCGGAGAUUCUCCGCGAGGAAUUGGGUUCGUUGGGCAAGAACAAUAUCCGGAUCGGGUUCUUCUUGCAUACGCCCUUCCCGAGCAGUGAGAUCUAUAGGAUCCUGCCGGUGCGGAGUCAGUUACUGCGUGGCUUGCUGCAAUGUGACUUGAUCGGAUUUCAUACCUAUGACUAUGCACGUCAUUUUCUGAGCUGUUGCUCGCAUAUCCUUGGAUUGGUCACGACCCCGAGCAGUGUGAAAUUCAAGGACCGCUCUGUUGCUGUGGGAGCUUUCCCCAUCGGCAUCGAUCCUGACAAGUUCACCGAAGGCCUGAAGAGCCUCAAGGUGCAGAAUCGCAUCGCGAGUCUCGAAAACAAAUUCCAGGGGACCAAGUUGAUGGUCAGCGUGGAUCGCCUUGAUUACAUCAAGGGUAUUCCACAGAAGUUGCAUGCCUUGGAAGUCUUCCUUUCCCAGCAUCCCGAAUGGGUUGGCAAGGUCGUGCUGGUGCAAGUAGCCGUCCCCAGCCGUCAGGAUGUCGAAGAGUACCAGAAUCUGAGGGCCGUGGUGAACGAGCUGGUUGGCAGAAUCAAUGGCAAAUUCGGAACGGUCGACUACAUGCCCAUCCACUUUAUGCACAAAUCGGUGAGCUUUGACGAGCUCAUUGCGCUGUAUGCUGCCUCAGACGCGUGUGUGGUAUCGUCGACUCGAGACGGGAUGAACCUUGUGUCGUUUGAAUACGUUGCAACUCAGCAAAAACGCAAGGGGGUUCUAAUUCUGUCCGAGUUUGCGGGAGCCGCGCAGAGUCUCAACGGCAGCAUCGUGGUCAAUCCAUGGAACACGGAAGAGCUUGCCAGCGCAUACCACGAGGCCGUAUCGAUGGAUGACGGUCUCCGGGCGCAAAAAUUCGAAAAAUUGUACAAGUACAUUUCCAAGUAUACGAGUGCUUUCUGGGGACAGUCAUUUGUUGCCGAACUAUCCAAGUGUUCUUGACCUUUUCUUUCCUUCAUUUAUUCAGUUUUCGGCGAACAAGCAUGGCGAACAUAGUUUGGGCAUAGCGAUUUUAAUCAUAGAUGUAUAUU